ACCCCUUCCCCGCUCCGCCGCCGGGGCAGAGCUGCGGCCCGGCGGUGCCAGCAGCAGCAGCAGCAGAAGCAGCAGCAGCAGCAGCGGCCGCCCCUUUCUUCUUUUUCCUCCUUCUCCUUCCCGUCCUUCUCCCCUCCUUCCCUCCUCGGCCCGCCUCCCUCCGGCGGCACCACCUCCGCCCGGCAGCGCAGCCUGCCCGGCCGCCCCUCCGCGCCCCGCUGCCCUCCCAUGCGCGGCGCUGCGCCGGCCGCGGAGGCACAGGGGACGCCGCGGAGCCGCCGCCGCCGCUGUGUAGAAGAAAAUGUCAGUCAGCAUGCAUGAAAAUCGCAAAUCUAGGGCCAGUACUGGCUCCAUAAACAUAUACUUAUUCCACAAGUCAUCCUAUGCUGAUAGUGUCCUUACUCACCUGAACCUUCUGCGUCAACAGCGUCUCUUUACAGAUGUACUUCUCCAUGCUGGAAACAGGUCAUUCCCCUGCCACAGAGCCGUUCUGGCUGCUUGCAGCCGCUAUUUUGAAGCAAUGUUCAGUGGGGGGCUGAAAGAGAGCCAGGACAGUGAAGUCAACUUCCAUAACUCCAUUCAUCCAGAAGUCCUGGAGCUGCUUCUGGACUAUGCGUAUUCCUCCAGGGUUAUCAUCAACGAGGAGAACGCGGAGUCGCUGCUGGAGGCCGGCGACAUGCUGGAGUUCCAGGACAUUAGGGAUGCUUGUGCAGAGUUUCUGGAGAAAAACCUUCAUCCCACCAACUGUCUCGGCAUGCUGCUGCUGUCGGAUGCUCACCAGUGCACCAAGCUUUAUGAACUCUCUUGGAGGAUGUGCCUUAGCAACUUCCAGAGUAUUAGUAAAAGCGAAGACUUCCUCCAGCUGCCCAAAGACAUGGUAGUGCAGCUCCUUUCCAGUGAAGAAUUAGAAACAGAAGAUGAAAGGCUGGUAUAUGAAUCAGCUAUCAACUGGGUCAACUACGACCUGAGUAAGCGUCACUGCUAUCUGCCCGAGCUCUUGCAGACGGUGAGGCUGGCCCUCUUGCCAGCCAUAUACCUCAUGGAGAAUGUGGCAAUGGAAGAACUUAUCACCAAGCAAAGGAAAAGCAAAGAGAUAGUAGAAGAGUCGAUACGAUGCAAGUUAAAGAUCUUGCAGAAUGAUGGAGUAGUCACUAGUCUGUGUGCCAGGCCCCGUAAAACUGGCCAUUCGCUUUUUCUUUUGGGUGGCCAAACCUUUAUGUGUGACAAGCUGUACCUGGUGGACCAAAAGGCAAAGGAGAUCAUUCCGAAGGCUGACAUACCGAGUCCGCGGAAAGAGUUCAGCGCUUGUGCCAUAGGCUGCAAAGUGUAUAUCACUGGGGGACGGGGAUCAGAAAAUGGAGUCUCCAAAGAUGUGUGGGUGUAUGACACUCUUCAUGAGGAGUGGUCGAAGGCUGCUCCCAUGCUGGUAGCUCGGUUUGGGCAUGGCUCUGCCGAGCUGAAGCACUGCUUGUAUGUCGUAGGAGGACACACCGCAGCAACGGGUUGCCUUCCAGCUUCCCCUUCAGUAUCCUUAAAGCAAGUCGAACAAUAUGACCCCGUCACCAACAAAUGGACCAUGGUUGCCCCGCUGCGAGAGGGAGUGAGCAACGCAGCUGUAGUCAGUGCGAAGCUUAAGCUGUUUGCUUUCGGAGGUACCAGUGUUAGCCACGACAAGCUGCCCAAAGUUCAGUGCUAUGAUCAGUGUGAAAACAGAUGGACAGUACCAGCCACCUGCCCCCAGCCCUGGCGCUACACAGCUGCAGCUGUUCUGGGUAACCAGAUUUUUAUUAUGGGUGGAGAUACCGAAUUCUCUGCAUGCUCCGCUUACAAAUUCAACAGCGAGACGUACCAGUGGACUAAGGUGGGAGAUGUGACAGCCAAGCGAAUGAGCUGCCAUGCAGUGGCAUCUGGAAACAAGCUGUACGUUGUUGGAGGCUACUUCGGCAUUCAGCGAUGCAAAACGUUGGACUGCUAUGAUCCCACGUUAGAUGUAUGGAACAGCAUAACAACCGUGCCCUAUUCGCUAAUUCCCACGGCGUUUGUCAGCACGUGGAAGCACCUCCCCUCAUAAUUGUGUGUGUGUUGCAAUUAGAAAUUAUCAGUUGCCUCCAUUAUUUGGAGAAGAGAAUUGGAACCUCAGAUCUGGAGAAAUGGUUUUAAUGAAGAAGAAUCGUUCAGCGUCUCUUGCAUUUGAAGAAAAUCAUCUGCACCUUGUAAAUUACCUAACCUAGACAUGAAGGAAUGGGAGGAAAAAACUGUCUUCAGUGCUUCAGCACGUGGUUUAAGUAUGAAUGAAUGAACCUAUGAUCUGGUCCUUGUGCUAGUAAUUGUGGAUUAAUGCCACUAUUAUUCAGUCCUUCAAAAGAGACAGGACUUCUCUGAGCUGUGCAGCACACAACUCUUGAUUUCCGUGGACUCUGCUGUUUGUAUGUGAAAUUUGAAAUGGUUGUCACCUCCCUUUGUGACGGCUUGAAGUGCCAGCUCCAGCUGCAGGGGAAGCGGGCCAGGUCUGAAGCAGUGCGAUACCGCUGUGGGUGAAGAGACAGCGGUACGGCUGGAGAACUCCGCUUACUGGAGUGUGCUGGUCUGUGGGCAGCGCCUACAGCAUCUCCUGGACCCCAUGCUGCAACAUGCAGCGAGCAACCUCCCACUAGAUAAGGAAGAACACAGUGGUGAAAUGUUCUUGCAACAGUGGCGAACAAAAGUGACAUCCCCCAAAUGCUCAUUGUUCCCUUUCCUCCCUGUAUUUAUAAGUAAUUCAGACUGUCCCAUUCCUGUUAUGUUACUUGUUGUAGAUAUAGUUAUUUAUUGUUCUGUGCUUGCAUGCUGAAACAAUGCCUGCAAUUGUCUUCAUGUUGUAAGGGCUUGUGUGAAUUGUCGUAUGUUUUGCACAUUUUGUGAUCGCUGACUUGCUCUGCUGCACAAAGAAAGAAAACUGCUGGGUAAUGGUUGGAGGUGGGAGGGAGGGAGGGAGGGGUGGCUUCCUGGUUGGAAAUGGAAGGAUUACAAGGCAGGACCUUAAAUUACACCCAUACUAAAGGAAGAAGCCAUGGAGGUCACUUUCUCAGGCCACCAGCUCCCCAGGUUGCUUGUGGUGUGUCUUGUAGAUGGUGUCCUUGCUACAUGCCGUUUGCUGGUCAUGCCUUUCAGUUUCUAAUCUGGAAAUACCCAAAAUCACUUGCAGCUCUCUCUUUGUGCAGCUACCUGAUUGCAACGCAAAUACUGUGGAAUAGCUUCUGGAUACCAAGCCCAGGUGAAGUUGUUGUCCAAAGUUAUUUAUUUAUUUAUUGGAUUAGAAAAGGGGAUACUUUCAAUAUUAGCCACAUCAACCUGAAUAAGUGGAGUGUGGCUGAUUCAAGAAUAAAAGCAAAAAACCUCAAGAUAUCUUAGUGAUGAAGUCUUUUUUUUUUUUUUUUAAUAAAAAAAAUAAGGAAAAAAGAGCAGCAAUUUUGCACUGACCAGAUUGCCUCAUCAACUUGGAUUUCAGAUGAUCAUCUGAGUGGGCAGGUGUGAAAGACCCAAGUGCUUUAGCAAAACUCCCAUGGGGAUAGAAAAUGAAUUUCAAAACUCCUAGUCUUAAAAACAAGCCUCAGACUCUUCUGCCUUUUCUUUUCCAUAGUCAGGUAUGUAUGUAAACACUUGGUUGCUCAGGAGCAUCAGGUACAGUCCUGAGAAACUAAACUUUUACUUUUAAAUAUAUUUUUUUCUGUCUGCUCUUGAGAUAGACACAAACCUACUCUUUUCCUUCUGGACUUCAGAAGCUUGUUUUUCACAGGUGCUUUCUUUGCCAGAUUCUGUUAUGAAGCAUGUAUUGUACCGUGUUUUUUUCUAAAUGUUUCUGGAGCCCAACUUAACUGGCACAUUCAGUAACAUGGUUGGUGUGUGCUGUGUUAUAAGUAAACAGCUGCAUGCGUGCAUGCAAAACAAAAAUAGUCACAUUGGUGAUGCUUGCCUUUCUCUGUGUGACAGUGAUGUAGCUCUAGUUGUGAAAGCUUUGUCAUCUGAAAGUAGUUACACUGGUCACUGGAAGUUUCUCUGUGCUGCCUUAAGUUUGACUUGGUGUUUGGAGUAGACCCUUACAUUUCAGAAAUAGAGUACUUGGAGUUCUGUGAAUACUGAGACAAUAUAAAUUAGCAAAGGCAUUAGCAGCUUUUUUCUUUUUUUUUUUUUUUUUUUAAGGGUGAGGCCCAGCUAGAUGCAAACAGUUAUAGUUCCUCUGGUUAAACUGAUUUGUUGAAAUGAUAGAAUAAAAAAGUGUGUAAACCCACAACCUCCCUCUGCCCAUCAUUGGUUCCUUUCUCCUAGCUGGCUUUCAAGCAAUAGGAAAACAUCUUAAGUAGGAUAGAUCUUCCCUCUGUAUCCCUUAGCUUGCACAGGUUGCCCUGCUGAAGGCUUGAACUGCUGGUGCCUCGCAUCUUGUGGGUUGCUCCCGCGAGUGCAAAGUGAGCUAUCACAUCAGACAUCCCGUGUUUUGCAUGUCCUCUCCCCGGGUGCUAGUGACUACAUGAGGUACGAGGAAGUGAAGAACCAGGUCCCCCAGGGCCCCUUUCCUUGAAUAAGGGCGUACAGGUUCAAGACCUGUUUUACCCUGUCAAACUGAUUACAGUACGGACGUGGAGCUGCCCUGCACCUCUCUGCUUAGCUUGUAGCACAAAUGCUCCGCGGCACCGUGCAGCUUCCGAAAGCAGGAUGAGUUUUCUGCAGCUGUUUCCAAAGUUGUGGUCUGCUUUCAAGCCCUCGAUACUAAUUCCUGUGUGUAGGCUGAAGGAAGCUGGGGCCAGGGUGGGCCUCUGGCUCUGCAGGGAAUAAAUACGCUGGGCUCUUGCUCUGAACUGGUGUGGGAAUCCUGGCUGGCUGCUGGACCGUUCCCGUCCUGCUGAACACCCCGCGCUUUGAAGCGAGUGCAGUUCACAACGGAGUGCACACAAAAACCUUGGCAUAAGACGAGAAGGUUCCCCUUAUUUUGCAGGCUGGUUGCUGUAGAAACAUGUAACAAAGGACAGCCUUCCUCUUCUGGUAUAAUUGUGCAGCCCCUUUUCUCUAGGUCUGACACCUGUCUGAAUAAGAGUGAUUAGAGCACAAUAAUGUUCCCUUUCCUGGCUAUUGAAGAUGUGGUUCAUGUACUAAAAGAAAACUGUACAAGUGAAGAAGUAAAAUGUCUAUGUUGUGUCUUUUUGUUUGCUACUAUGUCUUAAGGUUUUGUAAAACUUGCAUAUAUAUUGUUUUUUUUUCACAAUGUGAAACUGAAGGUCAAUAAAUUAUUUGAGAUUUUCUCUCCA